UCGCGCUUGGCUCUCUUUCUCUCUCUGACUCAACUCAUUCUGUUAUACCUUUCAAAUGGCAUCGACGAAACGCGAACAUUCCGAACAAGGCGAACGGGAGACGAAGAAGGCAAAGAUUGACGAUGUAAAUGAGGCUUCGGAAUCAAAGCCCGCAGAGCGCGUGGUACUCAACCCUGCCGACUGCAACUUAGAUUUCAAUAUUGAAGGCAAUGGUCUUCAAGGAUCUGCACUUCAUGAGCAGGGGUUUGCUUAUUGCUGGUCUGGUGCUCGGGCCAAUGUUGGGAUAACACGAGGGAAAUACUGUUUUGGUUGCAAAAUCAUUUCAAUGCAGCCAGUUGAUAUGGUGGACACGGCCCCUGACCAGCAGCAUGUUUGCCGUGUAGGCAUUUCUAGAGGGGAUGACAAUGUGGGGAACCUGGGGGAAACUGAACACAGCUUCGGGUUUGGGGGCACUGGAAAAUUUUCAAGUGCAGGCAAAUUUUUGGAUUAUGGUGAAAAGUUCGGGCUUGGUGAUACAAUUGUCUGUGCCGUUAAUCUUGAAGAUAAACCGUUGGCUUCAAUUGGUUUCUCCAAGAAUGGUAAAUGGCUGGGUACCGCAAAGAAAAUUGAUGCUGGUCUCAGUGGUCUAGGAGUGGUGGAUUCUCCAACAAGAAAAUUACAAUGGGAAUCGGCCCUCUAUCCCCAUGUUUUGUUGAAAAAUGUUGUGGUCGAGUUGCAAUUUAGUGUUGAAGAGGGACUUGUUCCUGAAGAAGAUUAUAAGCCUUGGGCUUCUGCUGUUGAAGAUGGAAGUGCAAUAAUGGGCCCUGCUAUUUCUAAGCCAGGGGAUUGUGAACUGAUGAUGAUGGUUGGACUGCCUGCGUCAGGCAAGAGUACUUGGGCAGAAAAAUGGAUGAAGGAGCAUCCUGAGAAUCGUUACGUUUUGCUUGGGACAAACCUAGCUCUGGAUCAAAUGAAGGUGCCAGGGUUACUGCGUAAGAAAAAUUAUGGUCAACGAUUUGAUUGUCUAAUGGAUAAAGCAACUGGGAUUUUUAAUACUCUUUUAUCACGGGCGGCCAAUACACCUCGCAACUACAUAAUUGAUCAGACAAAUGUUUACAAGAAUGCACGUAAACGUAAACUGAAACCAUUUGCAUACUUUCAGAAGAUUGCUGUAGUGGUAUUUCCGAGGCCAGUUGAGCUAAAGGCUCGUACUGAAAAGAGAUUCGAUGAAAUAGGAAAGGAGGUACCAGCUGAUGCACUAAAUGAAAUGUUAGUUAAUUAUGUUUUGCCCAAGAGCAAGGAUAUGCCUGGCUCAGAUGAGUAUUUUGAUCAGGUUAUCUUUGUAGAACUCGAUCGAGCAGAGUCUCAGAGACAUUUGGAUGAGAUGAAGCAUGCUCUAGCAUCUGCAUCCAAUUUGAACUCAAAUAACUCUUCAUCUUGUUCUGAGAAAAGUUUUAUCCCGUCAUUUACUGGGUUUUCAUCACAAAAUCAGGGAGCUUUAGCAGUCACUGGAGGACAUUGGCAAAGCUCUUAUUCACCUCGCAAUCCAUGUAAUUACCAAGGGCCCAACCAAGUGAAUUCAGCAUAUGAGAGGGCUACACUACCUGGAAGGACAGGAUCAGUAGCUGUAUCAUAUCUAGGCAAUCAAUAUCCUGCUGUAUCAUAUCAAGGCAAUCAAUAUCCUGCUGUAUCUAGGGUAGCUGCUCCUCCCAAAACUUAUUCAAGCUAUGUGAAUUCACAUCCUAUAGAUGAUACUGUUUACUCUCAGAGUUAUGGCGGCAUUUCUAGUACUGGUGGUGCCCUUUACCCGGUUUUUGGAGUGAGUGCCGGCCCCUACAGUAGCAGCAUGGUUGAACCCUCUCCAGUUGCAAGUGCAAGUACAAUGCCAUCCUUUUUCACCGCUUAUGGUGGACAUUUUAAGGACAUGAGAGCUCCUGGCGCUGAUCUGCCCCAAAUACCCCCUACAAAUUCACGCACGCCUCUGGCAUUCUCAUUUGGUUCACCUUAUGCAACUCCGAUUGCAAGACCUCCAUAUGGAAAUUUUCCCACUGAUAUGCAGUAUAAUGGAGGUCCACGACACUACUAACUUCUCUACAGAUUUGCUGGCUCUUCCUUGAAUCUUAGCAAGGGCUAUGUAAAUGAUACGAUUGCUACUGAAGGCUUGCCUUUUUGAAAACGUUGUACAUGAUAAUGCUAGGACCCUUUUUCUGUUCUUUUCUCCUUUCUUUUCUUUUGGAUAUAUAGCAUUUAUAAAUUCUAAACGAGGAACAAUUUUUAAAUCCUGGGAGUGAUGGUUACUAU